AUGCGCGUCUCUACUAUCUCCGCUAUCUUCAGCGGCCUUGUCGCCUCUACUGCCGCCCAGUCCGAUCUCGACGCUUCCGUCUGGAAGGCUCUGUCUAACGAGGCCCAGAGCAAGCGUACCUUCUCUGAUGUUGCCCGAAACCGCCCCGUUAAGCGUCAGUCGGGCUGGAACCCGCCUGCGGAUCUGAAGGCUCCACUCCAGGAAGUCUGGGAACACUACGAGAAGACUUACGAAGAUUUUGGCAAAAAUGAAAACACUGGUUUCCACCAGAUCAUGGCCAACAAGGGUUUCCUCAAUAUUUGUGUUCGAUGGGACUCUAGUGCUACUCUAACCGAGGCUCAGCGUACCAAGAUCGCCAGCACCUACAACGCGCAGUACCAGAAGUGGUUUAAGUGGCUCUACGGCUACAACGGUUUCCCCUACGACAACGUCAAAGUAAACAUUGUUGCUUAUGCCAUCAAGGACAAGAGCCAACUCCAGGGCUCAACCGCCGGCUACGAGGUAUACACUGAACUCGACGCCGAGGGUGUUCCUAUGUGUCCUGUUGCCUGUGCUCGCGAUGCUCAUCUCGAUGGCGACUACAGCGGCUGCAAGGCUGGUGCUGCCCGUCACUAUGACCACUCUCUCUGGUUGAAGGAUGGUCUUGAGGGUGGCUUCGGCCAUAACUGGGGUCAGGAGGUUGGCCGUGAGUACUUCAUGAACAACCUUGACUCUGACAAUAUCCACAUUCUUCUUCACGAGAUGGGCCACACCUUUGCUCUUGAUGAUUACUGGACCCCCACCGGUAUCACCAAGUUUAUCAUGCUUGCCGGUGCCUCCAUGGAAAUCACCGACUUCGACGGCUGGAUGUACCGCAACUGGUGGUACUACUUCUCUCAAAAAUACAACUGGAUUUCCGGCAAGUCCAGCAGUGAUGCUGCACCUGUUUCAUCCGAGUCUAAGCUCGCUGCUAACACUGCCGCCCCCGUCAAGGCUCCAGCAACUAAGCUCACCACCUCCAAGGCUGUCGUCAAACCCACAACCGUCAAGGCUCCUACAGCUACCAAGGCUCCUGUUGCUCAGGCUCCUUUUACCGGCAGUGGUGCUGAGGUUGCUGCUUGGGGUCAGUGUGGUGGUAACAACUGGACUGGUUCUACCAAGUGUGCUUCCGGAGCCAAGUGUACUAAGCACAACGAUUAUUACAGCCAGUGCGUUGCUAACUAA